AUGGGUUAAUCAUCUAGCAAGCUAGCUCUUAAUUAAGUUCGAAUCUCAAAUCACUUCAUUGAUAAAUAUUGGUAAUACAGAGAAGAAAACAAAGAGACUCAGUUUAAAUUCACUCAGGAAGAAGCUUAAAUUUUGCCAAUCUAAGACAUUUUCCUAAUGAACAACAACUAAUAUAAUUAUAAAGAAGAAAAGUUUGAUCUCACAAAAUUAAAGAUAUUUAUCAAGCCUCUUAGCCCACUCACAAUACUCUAUGAAUUAUAAGAUGUUAGCAAAUUCAUUUAAGAUUGCAUCUUUGGCGAUAAGAGUUAAGUUUUAGUUAUGCUUCUCUACAAAUUGCAACAGAGAUUCUUAAUUAAGCCUUUAAAGCAAAUCUUCAGUUAAAAAAAUCUCAGAGAGAUACUUUUUUAAGUAGGGUAGAAAGUUGUAGCAGCCUCUGAUUUAUAAAACAAUAUUGAAAAUUUUGAUGAUUAAUUCUAGUAUAUCUAGUUUGACUUUGCACUUUGGAUAAAAAUUGUUGAUUAGAUGAUAUACUUGAAUCAAAAUUAAGAGAGGAGCAUUAUCUCUCUUGAUGAUAAUGGUUAGAAAAUUCAAGAUUAGCUAAUAUCUAUAAUAACUUCUGGUGUGAUAUCAGAAAUUCUCUCUAUAGAUAAAAGAUACUCUCUAUUCUAAAAAUAAGAGGAUGUUUUUACUGGAAUAAUUUCCAAGAUCUAAUCAUUUUUUGAAAUCUUCUAAAGAACAAAGGAGACAAUAGCUUAUUAGUACAAAGAGUUAUUUCUUUUUAAUUUGGACUUGCUUGAUGAGCUCAAGCUUUUGAUUGAAGAUGAAAAUGAACCAGAAUUUACUGAUGAAACAUUACUUAUUGAUGCAGAACAAAUGUAGAAGAUAUUCUAAUCGAUGCUUGCCAGAAAUUCUGAUUACCUGCCUGAUUUUGUAGAGUAAUAAGUCAAUGAGGAGAAUUUGGAUUAACAGUAAGAGGAAGAUGACGAUAUAAUAGGGGAAUCUGAAGUAUAGCAUGAUUAUGAAAACCAGAAUUAGGACUAACCCAAUGUACCUAGUGUAUAAAUUAAUACUUACUUAAAUCAGAGAGAAGAUAGUGAUUAAUUCAUAAGUCAUAGCAAUAAUGAUGAUUAUGAUAAUAACUACUAAAGAUAUGAAAGCUAUCUAGAUCUAGAUUUAUGA